AUGAAUUAUUCAGUUUCAUAUUCUACAAAUUUCCAACUUCACCACCUCAUCAGACCUAGAACCGCACUCAUCGAUCAUCUACAAUCAGACCGAAAUCCGAUCCACCGCCCGUCAAAACCGCCGACUCAGCACGAAGAUCUUACAGUAAACAUAAGGAAAACGAUUAUCGUCACCAUGGGCAUCCGCGACUUCUUUGACGGUCGAUUUUUCGAUACCAGAUACAAGACCAAAAUCCACAUCGCGCAAGUCGCCCUAAUGGCACUGGCCAUCAUCCUCACCAUCUGGCGCAUGGCCAUGCCGGUCCCCUUCACUCGCGGCAACAUCAUGGCCCUUACAAUGGGUUUCAAGUCUCUUAUCAUUAUCGGCUACCAACUUCUGACGACUCAUAAGGAGCGCUUCAAGAAGUGGGCUUCGCUCAAAGCCAACGCUAUCCUCAAUACAAUGGAGAUUUUGUUCUGGUUCGUCGCCUUUGGUCUGUUGUGCCAGGCGAAUGGAAGGUUCUGCACUGGUGGAAGCUGUGCUCUCAGCUGGAUUGUGACUCUUAUCGUCAUGGUGUUGAUUGUCCUUGCCUUCCAGACAUCGGUCGUGUCCAUCAAGGACUACCGGUACUGGAAACACUUUGGCAUCAACCGAGAGACGGAGACUAAAGCAGCUUACCCGAGACCUCAAGUCUGA